GUGCAGGAGGAAUUCCUGGAGCUGCUGGAGCUCCUGCUGUCCCGCGCCCGCACCUACGUCUCCUCGCUGGCUGCCAUGGAGCGGUUCCACCUGAGCCUCUCGCAGUGCGUGGUGCUGCGCUACCACUGGAUCGAGCCCUUCGUCCGCUCGCUCAGGGAGCGCCUGGCCCCCUUCCACAGGUUUUUCUGUGUGGCUGACCAAGUGAAGGUUUACACCAACCAGAACAAAACCAGGACCUUUAUUGGCUUGGAGGUCUCUGCUGGGCAUUUCCAGCUGCUGGAGCUGGUCUCGGAGGUGGACAGAGUUCUGGAGGAAUUUGACCUUCCCACAUUCUAUAAGGACCCGUCGUUCCACAUCAGCUUGGCCUGGUGUGUCGGGGACCUGUCUGGCCGGCUGGAAGGGCAGUGUCUGCGCGAGCUCCAGGACAUCGUGGAUGAGUUUGAGGACUCGGCACUCCUGCUGCGUGUCCAAUGGGAGGAAAUCCGCUGCAAGUCAGGGAACAAGUACUUCUCCUUCCCCUUGAGGUAG